AUGCACGUUUCCGAGCGGCGUCAUCUCCAGCAGCAGGCGCGUGACAUGUUUUACCACGGUUACCGCAAUUACAUGGAGCACGCGUACCCGUGGGAUGAACUUAAGCCUCUGAGCUGCUCCGGACGCCGCUGGGAUCGUCGUGAACGUGGAGAUCUGGACGACGUACUAGGAGGUUUCUCGUUGACGCUUGUAGACUCGCUGGAUAUGCUGGCGGUACUGGGGGACCGCGACGAGUUCGCACGCGCUGUCAAGCUCAUAUCUAGUAGCGUUUCUUUCGACCGGGACGUGACAGUGUCGGUAUUCGAGUCUACUAUUCGAGUUAUUGGUGGACUAGUGUCAGCGCACAUGUUGGCGUCUCCAGAGUAUUUCGGAAUGAUGGACGAGAGCGAGUACAAUGGAGAACUACUGGACCUUGCAGAGGAGUUGGGACGAAGAUUACUACCCGCUUUUGAGACCCCCACGGGGAUUCCUGUACAUAGAAUUAAUUUACGUCAUGGCGUACUACCCAGAGAUCGAGCAGCCAACUUGACGUGUCCGGCGGCUGCUGGAUCGUUGCUGGUGGAAAUGGCCUAUUUGUCGAGACUAACAGGGGACGAGAGCUUCGAAGAGAGGGCGAAACAGGCCGUUGUGGCGAUCUGGGACCGACGAUCAGAUCUAGAUUUACUGGGGAGCUCUAUUGAGGUGGGGUCGGGGAAAUGGAUCUACUCGCAUGGAGGCAUUGGGGCUGGACUGGACUCGUUUUUUGAAUAUUUACUGAAGUAUCAUCUUAUCAGUGGGGAUUCCGAGUGGCUGGCGAUGUUUAAUGCCAGCUACCACGCGGUAGAAACUCACGUGAAUCAUAACAACGUGUAUAUUGAGGUUGAUAUGAACGGAGGCAGGAACCAAGUGCGUGCUCGUCGCGUUUCAGCGUUGCAAGCUUUCUGGCCGGGACUUCAGGUGCUUGCAGGCGAUGUAUCGGGUGCCAUUCGCACUCAUGAGCACAAGUUCCCACUCUGGGACGAAUACGGCGCCAUGCCCGAGCUAUUAGACUUGGCGCCGCAUGGCAAAUCCAAGCCUGGGAACCGCGGGACUGUGAUUAGCUGGGCGCGUACGUCUCCACUUCGUCCGGAGCUGAUUGAAAGUACUUAUCAUUUGUUUCAAGCCACAAAGGACCACAAGUAUCUCAAAAUGGGGCGACAAAUGCUGCAGGACAUUCGUCGUGUGUCAGAAGUGCCUUGCGGUUAUGCCGCUGUGGGAGACAUCCACACACUCGAUGUCGAAGAUCGCAUGGACAGCUACUUCCUUUCAGAGACUGUAAAAUAUUUAUACUUACUCUUCAGCGACGACCCACAUGUGAUCGUCCCAGGCCCAGCACGACGGCGCAAUACUACAGUAUCAACGAAUCGGACCUGCUCUGCAACGAUAUCAGACGAGAAACUCACGCUUGGGUCAGCAGUAUCUUGCAACAACCGCUCAGCCAACGCGAGCUCGACUUUGGAGCAGUUUUCCUGCGUCAGAAGGAACAGGAAGCCUCUCAAGGCAUCCGACGUUGUUUUCAGUACGGAAGGCCACAUCUUGAUGCUCGACUCGCAUCUUUUCCGGCACACAACGAAGCAGAAGGCAUCGUCUGCUUCACCAAAGUGCGAGAACGGGAAGCUGCAAGGUCACAGACGUAACGUGGAGCUGGAAGUGGCACGACAAGUCCAGCUAACGCCUCCAGUUAUCCCCGUGGGAGUGGCUGUACGCGCUGGUGGCGUUCACGUGACGACGCUUGUGGCUUCUCCUGCCAAGUUUGGACUGCAGGUCACGACUCCAUCUGCAGUGGAAGCUCCGCUGCAGCUCUUUGUCCCGGAUAUUGGCGAGGCCUGUGGGUCAAUAGACUCCGAGCGUGUGCGUGGCAAGAUUGUCAUGGUAGCUCGCGGUACGUGCACGUUUGCAGAGAAGGCGAUGAGACUGCAAAGCGCUGGUGCAGUGGGUGCUGUGGUUAUCAACUCGAAGGCGACUUCCAGCAGAUAUCCGAACCGCAAGUACUCGCUGGCUGAUGACGCUCGUGGCCUCGGGCAGUUCGUGACGAUCCCCGUUCUUCUUGUAUCUCGAGAAGAUGCCUCACAACUGCACAGACACGCCAGCCUCAACGGUGGCGAUGUACUUAUUGGCUCGCUCUCGCCUUGGCUCUACUGA